AUGGCUGACAACGGAGCACACCCGACAGAAGAGGACCCAGCCGCCGCGUUCCUAGCCCAGCAAGAGAGUGAAAUAGCGGGGAUAGAGAACGACGAUGAAGGCUUUGGGGCGUUGGACGACGCGAACAGCCUAGAGCCCCAGGAGCUGCCGACUACAAACUACGACCCUUUUGGAGAGGAGCCUCCCGCAAUGAAUGGGGAUGUGUUUCAGGAGUCCAAUGGUCCAACAGACAACUAUGCUGCCAUCGCACAGGUAGACAUUCAAAGGCAAGAGCCAGAAAGUCUACGUAAGUGGAGAGAGGAACAGAAAGCUCGUCUCGAGGCUUUAGACUCAGCAUCCAAGGCGGCAGAGGCGGAAUGGCGAGAGAAGGCCAAAAAGGAGCUGGAAGAUUGGCACGUGCACCAGACCGAGCAGAUGGAGAAGCACAAGGCCAACAAUAGACUCUGCCCAAGUCUCACACGGAUUGCUGACAAGGCUUUCUACAAACAGCCCAACUCUGAGCUAAUAGGCUUUGUAGCGUCAGAAGAAGCCUUCCUGGCGGAGAACGAUGGUGACGGCCCCGUGUCGUCGUGGGAACGCGUCGCCUAUCUGUGCGACUUCAACCCCAAAACCAACAAGCAGGCCAAGGACGUGUCCAGAAUGCGCUCCGUGCUCAUCUCUCUCAAACAGACCCCUCUCGUCCGUUAG